ACUAAAUUGAAACUUUAAUACCUUCAUAUAUAAAUAAAUAUGUCCAAUGAAGGCAAUCUUCCUGUUGUUGUGUUUGUCUUGCUCUCAAUUGUGGGUGGGCAAAGCAACGCCAUAGACUGCAACAACGCCAGAGGUGAAUGUAAGGAGCUGCAAUAUUGCCCUUCUCUAUACAUAUCCAAAAUCGAUACAAACUCCAUACUUUUUUGUGAUAAAUCGAAGGGUAUCGUCUGCUGUCCACGAACGGAGUUUGCCUUUGAGCUACAAAGUCAGGUCACUGAUACAGAUACAUACGCUGAAAAGGCAUGUUCUGAGUAUGCAAAGUUUGCGCCCAGUUCUUGUUCAGAACCACUGAUUUAUGGAGGUGUGAAAGCCAAGCCAAAGGAAUUCCCCUCGAUUGCACUGCUUGGAUCAAAAGAUAAUACCGGACAGAUAGAUUGGUACUGUGGUGGCACUUUGAUAAGCAGACGCUUUGUCGUUACGGCAGCGCAUUGUUUCCGAAUUGCCAGUAGCCUAAACAUCGUACGCUUGGGCGAAUUGGAUUACAGUACUACGAAUGAUGCCACACAAACACAAGAUUUCAAUGUAUUACAUGCAGUUUUACAUCCAAGCUACAAUUUGGAUCGGUACAAUGAUAUUGCACUGAUCGAACUCGACCACGAUGCAAUACUUAAUGAGUAUGUCAUUCCGGCCUGCUUGCCAUCAAAAACUGCUAGGUAUAAAAACUUCACAGCUGUUGGUUGGGGUAAAACCGAAAGAGGCAUCUCAUCGCCACAUCUGCUCAAGGUAGCAUUGGAUUUGUUUACCGGCGACCAAUGUACUACAUCUGUACCGGUAGAAGAAAAUCUCGAAAUGGGCCUUAAAGAACGCACUCAAAUCUGUGCUGGCAGUUAUCAGCAUGGUAUUGACACAUGCAACGGUGACUCUGGUGGACCGCUUUAUGUGCAGCAUAAAAAAUAUCCUUGCAUGUUGCAAGUAGCCGCCAUUACUUCGUUUGGUUAUGUGCAAUGUGGCACAGCUGGCAUCCCUAGUAUCAAUACGAAGGUGAACUUGUAUUUAGACUGGAUUGAGAAUGUGGUGUGGAAUGCGAGCCCAUUGUAAAAAUAAAGCAAAAACUUAAACAGAUCUUUUAGUUUUCUAAAAUCCAA